CAAAACUGUCAAUUAACGUAACGUCUCUCCAAAGAUUUCACAAAACCCAAACUAAAAACUCCACUGUACCUUUUUAUUGUGCUUUCUUUGCCCCUAUUUCUUUUCUACUUCUCUCUCACUCUCUCUCCUCUCACCCUCACCGACCCCACUCUUCUUCACUGCAUUCAUCCUUUUCUUCUUCCUCCAAUUUUAUCGCCGGAAAAUUAACCAAACAAGUGUCGAAUCUAGUUCUAUUUUACAGCAUCUGUUCUGGGUUUUUUGCCCAAGUAAAUUUUACAGAAGAUUCUUAAUUACCCACAAAUUUAUUGCUGAAAAAAUAGUUGUUUUGUGGGUUGGGAAUGCUAAAUCUACUCGAAUCUUCAUCUGGGUAUCUCACAUUUUUGUGGGAUUUCACGCAUUUUGUGCAGAUUUUAUGGUUUGAACCCCCGAAUUUGAGAAUUUGAGAAGGGUAAUUUGUAAUUUUUGAUGUUUUAGAUGAUAAUGGUGGCUGCCAUUUCCACAGUUUUGCAAGACCCAUCAAAAGGUUCAUCUCAACAAGGAAGUGGAGCUCAUAGUAGGCCGCCAUUGUUGCCGUCCGAGAGAGAAAAUGGAGUUUAUCAUCAUCAGUCGAGAAGAGUUAGGGCAAGAGAAGUUCAGUCAAGGUACAUGUCAAUAUCUUCAACUAGUUCAUCGUUUUCAAAUAGUAGCACAACAACAGGUACAACUACAACGAAUUCGACAUCGAGUUCAUCGACGUCGUCGUCGAUUUCUAGAAGGUUUCCCUCCCCUGUAGUAACGAGGAACACCAAUAGGAGUUUAUCUACCCCUAAAAGGUCUCAAUCUGUGGACCGAAGGCGAUCUGGGACCCCAAAACCUACACCUGUUGGCAAUGCUGGUGAAAUUUCAGCUGCCACUAAGCUUCUUGUCACCUCAAGUAGGAGUUUAUCUGUCUCUUUCCAAGGGGAAUCAUUUUCGCUACCGAUUAGUAAGACAAAGGCUGUGAAUCAAGCUAGUAGUAAUAGUAGUAAUAGUAGUAAUAAUAAUAAUAAUACUAAUAGUAAUGCUAGGAAAGGCACACCUGAGAGGAGAAGAGGUACCCCAGUAAGGGGGAAGGUUGAUGGAGGAGGAGAUCAGGUUGAUAACUCGAACAACUCGAACUCGAAUUCAAAGCCGGGUGAUCAGCAACGAUGGCCUGCUAGGACCAGGCAGUUAAAUAUGCUGUCAAGGAGUUUAGACUAUUCUAACCCUGAGAGUAAGGAGUUUCUUGGAUCUAAUGUUGUGAAUAGGGCUUUAAAGGAUUCGUUGCUUGACGAGAGUAGAAGGGUUCUGAAUGGGAUUCGGGGUGCCAUGGAUGCUAAUUCAGUGAAUGACUCUUCUGUUCCUUCUGAUCUUACGGCUUCUGAUACUGACAGUGUUUCUUCUGGUAGCACUUCUGGAGCACAGGAUGUUAGUGGGGGGUCUCAUGGGAGUAAUGGAGGUCGUGGCAUUGUAGUUUCGGCGAGGUUCUGGCAGGAGACGAAUAUGCGAUUAAGGCGACUACAGGAUCCUGGAUUGGGGUUGUCAUCAAGUCCUACAUCUAAGUUUGUUGCCCCUCCCAAGUUGAGCCAGUCCAGAAAGUUCAGUGAUGGGCCUAUGUCAUCGCCCAGGGCAAUGUCAUCACCUAUUCGAGGAGCUAUUAGGGCAGCUUCACCUAGUAAAGCUAUGAACACACCAGCAUCUUCACCGAUGAGAGGACUAAGUCCAUCUCGGGCAAGAACUUCCAUGGGUAGCUCUUAUGGUAGUAGUCCUUGGGAUUCACCAUCUGUUCUAAGCUUUGCUGUUGAUGUUCGAAGGGGGAAGGUUGGGGAGAAUCGAAUUGUUGACGCACACCAGCUGAGACUUCUUUAUAACAGACACUUGCAAUGGCGGUUUGUAAAUGCUAGAACAGAUGCUGCCUUGUCACUGCAAAGACGAAAUGCGGAGAAGAAUUUGUGGAAUGCGUGGAUAACAAUAACUGCUCUACGUGAAUCUGUCAGACAUAAAAGAACACAAGUACAGCUGCUGAGGCAAAAGCUGAAGCUGAGUUACAUCCUUCGGGGACAAAUAUCGUAUUUGGAAGAGUGGUCCCUUCUAGAUAAAGACCACUCCAGUUCCAUGCAAGGAGCUAUUGCAGCAUUGAAGGCUAGCACCCUCCGCCUUCCAGUAGUUGGGGGAGCAGCUGUUGAUAUUCAGAGUGUGAAGGAAGCUGUUAGCUCAGCAGUUGAUGUAAUGCAGGCAAUGGCUUCUUCAACAUGCUCUCUCUUAACAAAGGUGGAGGAAGUGAAUUCCUUGGUGGCGGAACUAUCAAAAGUUGCUGCAAAGGAAAAGAACUUGCUGGAUAAAUGUAAAGAAGUGUUGUCCAUGUUAACUUCCAUGCAGGUUAAAGAUUGUAGCUUGAGGACACAUACAUUGCAGCUUAACCGCUCACAGUUAGCCUGACAACACGUCUGUAGAACUAAUCACGGCUUGACAAUUUGAUUUUAAAAAAAUGCUAACACACACACAGACGGCUUCUCUGAUGGUAGAAGGAAGCAGCAACAGGAGAUAAUGAGAAGAGAUGGAUGACUUUAUUGGAUCUCGUCAAUGGCAUAUUUUUUUGAUGUGCCAAGUUGUGUUUUGUGUCUUCUAAAAGCAGUAUGUAUCUCCAGUAGCAAUCUUUUCCUCCGUGUAACUAGUUGUAUCCACGGUUAGUUUUCUUUUCUGUUCCAUUUCUUGGGUGAAUUAUGACAUGUAUGUAAAUAGCGUAAUUCCUGAGUUACUUGAAUAGUUAGUAGUAUGUAUCUAUGCCAUUGCCUGCAAAAUUUAAUGCCUAAAUGAUUGCCUUGAAAUUCAUGAA